CUGGCACCCGCUGCUCAUGGCCCUCGCGUUCUCGUUCCUGAUGACGGAAGCCCUGCUGAUCUUCUCCCCGGAGACCUCGCUGCUCCGCUCCUUCUCCCGCAAAGUCAAAGUGUGGGUGCACUGGGCCCUCCAGCUGCUCGCCCUCCUCUGUGCCCUCCUGGGGCUGGGCAUCAUCACCUACAACAAGCACCUGAACGGCAAGGCCCACUUCGUGACCUGGCAUGGCCUGACGGGGCUGCUGACCGUGCUGUACGCCAGCGGGCAGUGCACAGGGGGGGUGCUCCUGCUCUACCCCAAGCUGAUGAAGAACUGGACGCUGGCCAAGCUCAAGCUGUACCACGCAACCUCAGGGUUGGUGGGCUACCUGCUGGGCUGUGCCAGCCUGAUGCUGGGCAUGUGCUCCCUGUGGUUCACCACCUCGGUGACCAGCGUCUCCUGGUACCUCGCCAUGCUGUGUCCCCUUCUCACCAGCUUGGUUAUCAUGAACCAGGUGAGCAACGCUUACCUGUACCGCAAGCGGAGCCAGCACUGAGGGCCCAGCGCAGAUCCGA